ACGGGACGGGGACGGGACGGCGGCGGGACGCGAAGUGUCGUGCUGCCGUCCAUGGAACUCGGUCGACGACGACGCGAUUUUGAUGUUCGCGGAUCGCACCGCAAUUGCGCGUGCGCAUGCGCCCCGGUGCGUAGGGCCUGGGCUUGCGUUUUCAGAGGCUUACGGCGGGGCGUCCGAGUGUGACUUCGACCGCAUGGCGGGCGGGCCGCCGCCGAACGACCUGAGUUCGACGCCUCCGGAUGCACCCGAGGCUGGCUGGAGGCUGGAGGCGGCUACGAGAGUCCGUGGGCAUGUUCUAGAUGCCGGACGCGUCGAUGGGGCGUAGAACGGCGACGGGAGGGGCGAUGUAUCGUGUCGUCACCGUGUUUUGCACAUGAAAUCGGGCCAAAUGUCCAAAAUAGUUUCUUUCCCGAUCGCGCCGAGACGUGCAGGGUGUAUGCGCCGAGGAUCAUGGGAGUGUAUCAGCGUAUAUUUGAGCGGUGUAGGUGCGGCGUCGA